UGUUAGUUUUAUAUCUUUUUGAAUCUGUAGCAUUUUGUGUUUAAGAAGGGGUUUUCGGUAUAACUAUUGUUUUCUUAUAUUCAGGUAUGUCCAAUAAUAUCCCGGCAGCGGCGCAAGCGGAUCUGAUGGAGAAGGAGAAACUUAUUGUGGAGCACCAACAACGAGUCGAGUCUCUUCAGAAUGCCGUAAAGACAAUGGCCACCCGUCAGGUAUCUUUGAAAAGGGAUAAACGUCGUGCCGAAAUUACUAUUGGCGAGCUAUCUAAGCUCAAAACGGGGCACCCUGUGUAUCGUGGUAUUGGACGAGCUUUUAUGCGCAUUCCCGCCGACAAGCUCAUAGCAAUCAAUGAUGAAACCAUCAAACAGUCUGACGCCGAGGAUCAACGCAUCUCCAAUGAAAAGCAGCGCACAUCAGAGGCCAUGUCGAAAGAAGAAGGCGAACUUCAUCGCGCGAUUGAGGACUACCGUCUAGCGGUUCAUUUGAUCCAGGUCGCAAGUGGCCAACAACAACAAAGGCGAUAG